ACAGGCCUCAUCUGGUAUUGUUCGGUAGCAUCGCAAUUAUGAACGGGUUCACCGCUGUACUCCUGCUGGCCGUGGCCGGUCUGACGAACGCUUACCUCGACCAGGGAUUGUGUCCAGACUUCCAGAACAUCGCUGCGUUCGAAAUUCCCCCGUACCUGGGUCGUUGGUACGAAGCUCACAGAUACCCAGCUGGUUUUGAAGAAGGCAACACCUGCGUCACUGCAGACUACGGUGCCAUCGAUGACACCACGAUCUCGGUCACGAACAACGCCAACCUCCCCGACGGGACGCUGGACACGAUCGUGGGCACGGGCACUGCGACGGGCGUCCCAGGCCAGCUCAUCGUGCAGUUCCCCGGUGAACCCGUGGGCUUCUACAACGUCCUGGCCACCGACUACGAGACCUACAGCAGCGUCUACAGCUGUUCACAGAUUGGCGAGUUCCGUGACCAGUACGCGUGGGUGCUGUCUCGCACUGAGGAGAUGCCCGCUGACUCACUUACUGCGGCGCUGGACGCGUUCGAGUCUAACGGCAUAGACACUGCGGUUCUGCAGCCUACGCUGCAAGGUGCAGGCUGUGUCUACGCGCCAGUUCCUCCCAAGAUUUAAAGACUGAAACUGAAUUUAAAUAAUUAUAAUAAUUUAAAUCAUUGAAGUAAAAUACAGGCCCGUGUCAAGUAAAGUGAGAUUUAUCA